AUGCAUGGUAUCAACUACGAGAUGUCUUCACGGUCGACCCGGCUACAAAGACUGCCGAUGCUCGAGGGCUUCGUUUCGCAGAUCGAGAAUCCGGCGGUGGGGCAGCGAUUUCCUUCCAACCCGGCCCUGGCGAGGCAUCCGAUCCGCCACCGUCAGGACGGACCCGAUUUGGCCAAUUAUGCCCUCGCGAUUCAACUCGGAUCAGGAUCGUUCACCCGCAAUCCAGACUCGAGGGCGAAAUACUCGCAGGACGGUGGGCAGUGGAGGGUCUCGACGGUCUGGCUCAACAUGACCGUCAUCCAAUUCGGUCCCGACGAUUAUGCCUUGUCGUACACCGGUACCUCCGAGAAGGUGGAUUCGAUACUCGGACAGGAUAUGCGAUUGACCGAGUACGAAGGCUUUGACAAUACCGACUCUCAGCCAUCCACCCUCCUCGGCUGGGGCAGCAACCAAAUAAAAGCGAUGGACGCUCUCAGACUCACUGAUGCCGCCACCCCCAAGGGUGAUCGUCUGCCCAUGCCUAUGCUGGUCGACAUCAACGGCAAUUCGUCGCCGCAGAAGAACUGGGUCCCGAUACUCGACGACGCACCCGAUGGCGCACCCCUCUGGAUCACCCACUACUCACCAUUCGUGGUCGUUGACUGCGGACGGUUGCCGAAGCCCGGGUCGAGUGAACGUCGGGUCAACUGCCUGCCACACCGACCCGAGAUGGAUCAGAGUGACACCCAAGCGUUCGAACAGUACUCCGCAAAGUGCUUAGCGAGCCUACCCAGCGGUUCAGAGCACUGGCGAGGAUCGGCACCCCUUGUACGCCUCCCUUGGAAUCGUCGCUUGGCUUUGGGCACCGUUCACCAGCGUGGGUAUACCAAGGAUGGGCUGUUUUACGAUGCGUAUCGACAUCGUUUCGUCCUCGUUGACUUGGAAUCGACGUCGCUGGCCGCCUACACGGACGAAUUUGCCAUCUUCUCCUCGAUCGACGACGUCAAUUGGUUCGAGUUCCUGACGGGAUGCACUUUGUACAAGGACAGGGAGGUGCUGCUGUCCUUCGGCUACAACGACCAGGAACCAUGGUUGGCGAUCCUGCAUCUCAGAGGUAUUCUACAGUGGCUCAUACCCGUUGAGCCCAAGUGGGAGAGCUUGGUCGAUCAAGCGCGAGCCGGGGCGUGGCAAUAG